AUGCUUGUUGUAAUUUUGACCGUUUUGACUCUGGUUCAGUUUGGAGAAGGGAAAAAAUGUCCUGCCGAAUGCACAUGCUUUACGGUGGCGCGCAAAAUGGAAGUAACAUGCUUCAAGAUGAGGUCUUUCCCAUCCAUGGACAGUUUCCCGGAAAAUACAAGUACACUGUAAGUGGAAAACUUUUUUUCUAUUUUUGUUUCUCAUUAUGGAGAUUUAAACUUAACCUCGCUCUUCCUUCGUAAGGGGAAUUGGCCUUUUUUCAUUGUUGAAUAUGUACGAAUAAACGUCAUUCAUUUCGUAUGUAGGUGAUGUGUUGUUUUGCACCGAAUCUGACCUUCCUCGUGGCAUUUCGCAAUAGUUCGCUAGUGAGCUGUAGAAAAUAUUUUUGAAAUAUCCUUUGUCAUUGAAAGUAGCUUGCUGAGCGGAAGUUUGCCUUUUCAAAUUCUAAUUUCAGAACCUAGUCGUGUUGCGGAACUCUCUUUUAUUAUUUCGUAACAUUGUUUGCUUCCGUAGGACGUAAUUCCUUUCUCACGGUAAUUAUUAUCGUUUUGAGAAGUACGUGGACUUUGUAAGAGACUUUUGCACUCGAUUACACAAUAUGGAUGCUUUUUUUGUGCGAGUUGUACGUAUUCUUGGUAGAAAAUCGGUUUCAGCGCAUCGAUUGAGGUCUCAAUUCUACUAAUGUCAUGGUUAUAAUUAUCAAAGGCCGUGGAAUCCUAUAAUCACCCUACUUUUAGCGCGAUCCCGCGUUCGGGUCAGAUUACAGAAUGUCAAACUCACGCUGCAGUAGAUUCCAUACUCGUGAACCAGUAAUUGCAGCAAAUAAAGUCAAUCCCGCGGAGAUUUUUACGUCACAGCUUUGCUAAGUAACUCUCGAUUGCCCUUACUGUUUAGCUUCUUCUGUAAAACUGCUUAUCCGAAAAACUAUGGGCACAAGGUAAUUUUAACCACGAGUUCUUUGCAAACAUGUGUUAUGCAAAUAGUUAAUGGCAUGUUAAUUUCUUCACUUAGACUAUAUGUCAACAGAAGUAACAUCGCUUUAACAAGAAUCUUUUUUUCGCCUCAAUUACUGUUGAUUUUUAAUUAUCUCGUAAUUCCUACUUCCUGCACCUUAAUGAAGUGUUCCAUCACUGCUUCAUCUUUCAUAUCUCCCUCAAGGGUAGAUGGAUAGAUGUGUCGAAGAAAUCUGCUGGCAAGCGUUUAAAAUUCCCCUCUCGCUGCCCUACAAGCGUUUUUUGCCUGUUACUAGCUCACCCGUUUCAGCGAUAUUAGUGUUGUUUCUGUUUUGCGUUUUUCUUUGUCCAUGACACGUGUCAACUUGAGAAGGGAAUUUUAUGGAAACUAUUUGAAAGGCAGGUGAAAUUGACUAAAUAGUUUGUUGGAUUUUUUUCUGUACCUUCCUUUUUCAGCUUUGGAUCAAAAGUUUAAGAAGCCACAUUUGUUUAUUUUCGCCUAAAAAGAUGUCAGAGCUUGUUUUAUUAUCUUCUAUCACAUAAUCUCAAGUGGAUGUUUUGAAAUGACUUAAUAUUUUAAUAAAUUUUGGCAGAAUGAGGUUUCGUGACUUGGACAACGUCGAGGUGCUCCUUGAAAUACGGGAAUUUGGCACGAACUUGCGACACGAAAACAAGUUUAGUUAAACACUCCGAUUGAAAAACGUUUUUAAUAUUUUUAACAUGAUCCAUUGUUUUCUCUUGAGGCGAGCUCUGACCCCUCAACAACAAGAAAACACUUCUAUUUGGAAAACAGCUUUGUUAUUUUUGUCUGAAGUUUCAAGCUCUAAGCUUAAAUUUACACCUUUUACUACUUCUUAGGAAGUGCGGGUCUUUAGCUGGUAUUUCUUACCACCCACGUAGAGUUCAAUAAAAAAUUCAAGCUUUGAAUUUUAAUCAUUGUGACUAAUCCUUUGAAUGGCGAGCUUGCCUUGGGUCUAAAUAAUUUUUAAGGUUUUCUCGCCCCAGAGUUUCUGCAUUACUGCCUAAUUGAAUCGUUGACAUUUUGACUGAAACUGUAAAUGUUGAAAAUGGAUCACUGACGCCGACAAUCUUCUGCUCGCUUUCUUGAUUAAACUACAUUCUACCAGUUUCGAGAAGGGGACAAACUGCUGUGCCAUUUUUUUUUUCUUUUCCAUAAUUGCACACGACUGAUAAAAAUUCUCAAUUACUAUUUUGCAGAGAACAAACAAAUUUCGAUCAUUGGAUUUAAUUUGUCCUAAAUUGUUUGUGAAAGAAAAAAAAUUGUAUAAACACUUUUUUUAUCUCAAACGCAGAGUUAAGUAGAUCGCGCGCUGAUCGUCCAAAAAACGUUGUUCUUUUGCAAUGAUGAAAGGAAAGAUAAAGCAGGUUUCCACGAUGCUCCCUCUCGCCUCUGAAAGACAUUGCAAAUCGCCCCCUCUCCAUAUAAACACACAAAACUGCUACUCUCACAAAAUUUUUUGUUACAAGAAUGAGAGAUUUGUUUUCCAUCAGAAAGGGAAUAACUUAUUUCUUUUAAUUUCUUGAAUUUAUUAUCGAGAAUUUUUUUCCUUUUUCUCUUUCUCCUUGCCAUAAUCUUGCCUCUUUUUGUCUCUUUUGACCAUACGCGUGAUGGAAAUCUUGAAAAGGAAGCAACUCUUUUCAUGCUAUUUGCAAGAGUUGACAUGUUUUUCACUGAAGUGUUGCCCUAAUGUGGAAACAACAAAGGAAUAAUCGCUUACUGCAUAAUUUAAGACUUCUUCACAGUAUGAAGUGCUGUCUUUGUUUUCAAGCCUUCUGCUACAUGUAGUUAAUUUUGUUUCAGGUAAGCGCACAGUAUGCCAAAGAAUAAAGGCAUUUUCAACUGGUAUUCAAUACAGAGGAAAUUUCUCCACGAAUUCUGCUAUAAUUCUCAUUAGCCUGACAAAAAUUUUUUGUGAAGUGGGGUCUUCGUGAGGAUACAUUAUUAAUUCGAGUUUUUAUUGUGACUGUAGACCCUGUCACGGGUAUUUAGCGAAGCUUGCGUAACGAAAAAAACGUCCAUUUCAAGGUAAUAGUAACUCCCGAGCUAAAAAUGUUUUCGUAUGACACAGCAUGACAAGGUGGUGGUACAGAAAAUAAAUGGGGAAUAAUACAUGGGCGCGCGUAGAUUUAAAUUUCUCUUCAAAUUGAUCACGAGAAAAGAAAUCCAUAUCUACCAUGUAUUAUUUUGUUUAUUAUAUAAACAAUUUAGGCCUUUACUGACGAGGAAAGUCGGGCGAAUGGCGCGAAAGGCGGGUGACGUGUCAGCAGCUCAUUGGCAAUAUCGAACACGUAAAAAAAUAUCGUAAUUUUAAACGGGAGAUGAUAUGGUUUUUCUCAGGGCUGGAAAUCCUUGUAAAACAUCGCAGGAAGUGCUUAAUAAUCUAACACCAUCAGGGAAUUUUGCCCUGUCAAAUCACGAGAGUAAAAGGAUAAUUUUUUGUUUUUUACAAAGUGCAUUCUCUUUUCUGUCACCAGUACUCCAUUUUAUGUGUUAAACCAUUGUUUUUACGUUGUUCUUUUUGUAGGAAUAUAUAUGACUCCUUGUUCUCAAACAUACCCGAAGGCGAGCUGAAUAAAUUGAAGAACCUAUCAAUCAUGUAAGUGUAUAUUAUCUUCCAUACUUUUUUCCCAGUUUUUUUAUUCUUUUUACCAGCAUCGGUAGCUAGUAUCCUCUGUACAAUUCCUUAUAGCAAACUACCCUUAAGUAGACUUCGAAGAAUAACUUUUUCAUCAUCUCGAGAUGGCUGUGUUAAGGAAAUUUAGCUAAAUGAAAGUGAAACACCAUGACAAUUUGAUAUCAUCAGCUGAUAUUAUUAUUAUUAUUAUUAUUAUUAUUAUUUUUAAUUAUCAGUCGAUAAUUAACAACUAUUACCUGUAGUGUAGGGGGCUAGUGGUUGAUAUUUCCAUCUCUAGGCACCGACACUGAGGUGAAUGGUUUUUUUUAGUAUACAAUAAAACAGUGAGACAAAAUAGCACAAAAAGAUGAUAUUAACUCAUUUUUUCCUGCAACAAUUACAAAAUUUUUCGGGCGCAAAUCCCGUGCGUCUUAUUCGGAGGUAAAUAGCGAAGGAUAUUAGAAGUUCGAUCAGCCAAUCAGCGCGCACCUUCAACGCUAUUAUACACUAAUGAAAAUUGGCCAUCAGCUUCGCAUCUCGGUAAAUACCCACCACUUCUCACUUGCACUCCGGUGAAAAAUUGUUCGUUUUUAACAUUUAAUCGUUGAAAAUUCAAACUGGAACUGAAAAUGUCCUCCUUUUUCAUCCUCAGACGCUUGAAAAACAACAUGAUUACUCACAUACAAGAUGGAGCCUUUGAUGGCCUCAAAGAUCUUUUCGAAAUGUAAGUAUGAAAUCCAUUUGUUGAAACAUGCAUUUGCAUCAAAUUAGCUUUUUUUCGUUAUUUAGUUGAAGGAGAAAAGUCGCUGACCGGUUUUUUUUUAUGUUUGAUGUUUUGUCUCUCAGAAACCUGGAUCACAACAAACUGGAGACCUUUCCUAUUUUCAAAACCAGGUCACCGCUGAAGAGGCUGUAAGUAAAGAUAUCUGUCUAUAGAUGUGAACGGUAGAUGAACGUGAACAAAUUCGCAUCUCGACUGGCAUAUCUACCUUUCAUGGCAGCUCUAUUAACAAACAAGUUCGUCUCUUCUUCUUAAACAACUGCAAAACUAUGAAGAAAUACUUUCACUGAAUUUGACGCAUGGUUUGAAAGUUGAUAAAUACCACUGGUAGAAUAUUGGUCAUUUAAACCGAUCAGGCGUGAGCAAAAAAUCUUAUGGAUUUUAGCAGUUUUGAAUAACAUUUUCUUGUGCUGCGUGAGAUUACGGAAAUCCGCAGCUUUUACCUCGAGAGUUUCUCAAGCUUUCAUAAUUCUUUACGGUAGCCAAGUUACAUUAUUAACUCAGUUGAUAAAACCGAAUUAUCUUGUCAUCUUGUCAUACCCUCUCUCCCUUCCCCCCCCCCCCCCACCGACGCAGUUUAACUAUUACGUGGGUUUACUAUUCGUUCAAUUCCUCACACCAAUCUCUAACCAUUGUCUUAAAAUAAAUUGUUCCAAAUUUUUUUUUUCUCCAGUUAUCUCAACCACAAUAACAUCAAAGCAUUGUCGCGAGUGUCUCUAAACAAUCUACCGGAGCUGACCCGAUUGUAAGUACAGACUCUGCAGACCUGCUUCAUAGAUAGCGGGCUUAAUUGCUAUGCUUCUGUAUCCGUAUAAAUUAGCCUUUCUGGCCGCGAAAACAUUUUGAAAUGAGUUCCAAAAUCAUUCCGCUCGGAUUUAUGACCCAAGCGUGAAGCGUGCGGGCCAUAAAUUCGAGCGGAAAAAACGAAUUAGUAAAAUAUUCAUUUUAACUCUAGGUUCAAGUAGAUGGGAAAGAUUUCAGUUGAAAGAGACUUUUGAAUUUAGCGGGCCGCAUAGUGCAUUAUGGCCCGUUGAAUUGACCGAUCACAACGCACGUACUAACUGAAAAAUGUAGUAAGCGGUAAAUUAUCAUUCCCGCCAUCUUGAAAGAGGUCUUUACAUUCUCUUUUAUCUCACCGACAGAUUCAUUCGCAGUUUCGACAUCAUCUAGCAACUAACGUUAUCGCUAGUCUCUCGAUACUAGUUGCUAGUUCACAGCUCAUUUUUCCCCAGAAUUUUGUCAGUUCUACAGUACCAUUUAAACUCUUAGGUGGAGAGAGACAUUGUGAGAUCGAGAUGUCUUUUCCAAGAUUAUAACGCUAUGAUUCCAGGACAAAGAAUAUUCUUAUCCCUUUUUUUAUGAAAAUAAUUGGAAAAUGAUGUUUUUUCAUAAAAAUUCCACCAUUUUUAUUUGCAGAAGAUUAGACGAGUCAAGCAUCACAGAGAUACCUGCGUUUAUAUUCAGUAACAACAAAAAGCUAGUAAAUUUGUAAGUAGAUUCGCUCGUCUAUUUUCCGUCAAUUACUCAGAGUUAUUCUUAGUUAAACAAAUUGCACAAUUUUUUUUUUAUUUGGAACCGAUUGGUGGAAGCGUCAGCCUGUAAACCAUGUAGAACUUGCAAAGGAGCAGAAGAUACAAACAAAACAGCAGUCGAGUCGGGACUCUGAAUACCUACUCUAAUUUUUCUUUUUCAAGGUCAUAAAAUUGAGUUUAACAAUGCACUUGUGAGGCACGAAUCCUGCAUUUUCAGGAUAGCCAUAUCAAGAACUGAAGCCACAAAACAAAUUAACUUCAGCUGAACUAAUGCUGUGUGUAUUUUCAUCUCAGGACUAUGCAGAACUCACCUUUGAAAAAAAUUGACGACGAUGCAUUUAAGGAUUCAAACCUCCAAGAACUGUAAGUAUCUAAUUUAAUGAGGUCAAUACUUGUUGAAAUUGUAAAAGCAAUUACCUAAUUCGGAAAUUAGGCAAUUAACGAGAAACACUCUGACAUGCAAGCUCUGCCAAUCUCUCUGUAAUCUAUACAAGAACUAAAACGCCCUGGAAAACGUCCGUCAUCAAAUUUUUGAAGCAAGUUUAGUUCAAAUUCAGAGUUGGUAACAAAUAUUUUUCGUAUGACACAGUUGUACCCAGCUCAGAGUUGAAAAUUCUGGAAGAUCCUAUCCUAAAAGCAAUAAAACUGUUCUAGCAAGUAGUAAAAACGACAAGGGUAUUACGAAGAAAUGAGCAUUUUUCGAAAAGCUCUUUUGAAAAGUGUCUUUUUAGAUCCUUGUCGACAAAUUUAAAAAAGUCACAAAAAAAGUUUCGUCGUAUUUUGUAGCAGUGACCCUACCAGUCUCGCAGAUCUCUUACUUCGACAGCCUUACGCACUACCCGAGACGUCUCGCAAGGUUUAUCUUACCUGCAAAACGUGACAAUGUCAUCGGAAACAUUGAUCUUAUUUUAUGAGUCCAAAGAAAAAGGGUAGAAGGCAAAUAUGGCAGUGACCAGAAUCCAUUUUAUUUUGUGUUUAAGUCCUCUUGCUGCACCCGGGUUUCCUUCUCUCUGUAGAAACCUAUAUCUCAAGCAAUGAUGGCGAGGUUUAACUCAUUCAAAAGGCGGACAUGAUUAUUAUUGUUCUAAGUAUUCAAUUAUUUUUAAACAUUUUGUCGAGGCUGGAAAAGGAAAAUUUACUUGAAUACAAACGAAAAGAAAUUAGGCUAGCAAUUUACGACAGAGGUCUAUGAGUAAAGACACGUUCAUUAUUUUCAUCAAUUUCCUUACCAUGCUUUCCAGGUUCUUACAAGGUACAAAAAUCACAUCGCUACCUGCAACAGGACUUGAUCAAUUAAAGAAAUUACACCUGGAGAAUGUUGAAGAUUUCUGGUCGAUUCCAGCCGGUCUGAAAAGCAUCACAGAGGUGUAUUUGAGUAAAUACAACUCUUUUUUGUGUUGUGCCUUCGAUCUGGGUACAUACCAGCGCAAUAUGGGACGACAAAUUAGCGACGCGUGGUGGACCUCCUCACCUAAACAUUUUACAUCAGCUGCUUACAAAAGUACAGCGACGGAACCCACGACAAAUACUGAUGAAUCCUCUACGUUAGCGUCUGUUGCGUCAGGAUCUUUUAGAUCUACAACAUACACGCCAACUCACAGCCCGAGCCAACACCGAAAUUCGUCGACCACUCCUUUUGACCCAUGGGGAAGAAGAAAACGUCGUGACUGGGGAGGAUGGGGGACACAAGCCCCCACGGCUAACCAUACAAGUGGUAGUUAUACCUCACAGAUAACUACGUCUGAUUCCAGCGGCGGGAAAACUCCCCCCGAUGGUUUUCUACCCGUAACAGCUUCUCAUCGUUCCACACUCCAUCAUGAAAACACUACAAACAGAAGUAUAGUAACAGAACCACCCCUUUCAACUGUGACUUGCUUGCCCGAAAGAGACGCAUACCACCCAUGUGAGGAUAUAAUGGGAGCAAAAUGGCUUACUGUGGUGUCUUUCAUGGUAGGAAGUGUGGCACUAAUUGCAAAUCUUGUCGUCGUCGUUGUCAUGCUCUCAAGUGAUCGUCGUUUGAACGUUCACCGUUUUCUAAUGUGCAACAUGGCCUUUGCGGACUUUUGUUUGGGCCUCUACAUCUUCCUGCUCGUGUGCGUGUCGCUGGACACUUCAGGUGAUUAUUACAACUAUGUCAGGACCUGGCAGUACGGUGCUGGCUGUCACAUCGUGGGCUUCCUUGCUGUGUUCUCCACAGAGCUGUCGGUGUACACUCUAACAGUCAUCACCAUCGAACGAUUUUUUGCCAUCGUGUACGCCAUGGAAGUGAAUACUCGACUUUCACUCCGCAAAGCAGUUAAAGUUAUGAUUGCAGGAUGGGUUCUUGCUCUUCUCCUCGCCAUUUUCCCUCUUGCUGAUGUAAACAGCUAUAGUAGUGUGGCAAUUUGCCUACCCUUUGACUCCCACACGAAAGGAGACUUGGCCUACGUGGGUAUCGUAUUAGUACUAAAUUUUGGGACUUUCUUGGUCAUCGCGGGAUUGUACGCGAAAAUGUUUCAAGUCGUGGUAGGACCCGGUCCAGUUGAUGGGGCCCCACAGAGGAAUGAUGCAAAAGUUGCUAAGCGGAUGGCUUUGCUUGUUUUUACCGACUUUGUUUGCUGGACCCCCAUUGCAUUGCUGGGCCUUAUAGCAGCUUUUGGCUCACCUCUUAUCGGAGUGGAGGAUUCAAAGUUUCUCCUCGUGUUCUUCUUUCCACUCAAUAGCCUAUGCAAUCCAUUUUUGUACGCCUUUUUCACGAAAGCGUUCAAGCGCGAGUUCUUUGCCCUUCUGAGUCGCUUUGGGUUCUGCCACACGCGAGCUUUACAUUACAAAGGGACGCUGUCGUCGCUUAUCUACUCCCGGUCACGCACCAAGCGCUCCACAAUAGCUGAAGAUGACACGAGAUCGAAGCGAAUCUCACAAGUAUCCGCUAUUUCAGGUACUGAGAUCAAAACAGGAAUUGGUUUCUUUAACGGCAACUGCAAUGUUUACCAAAAUGGCCAUCCUCAGGAUAGCUCACCGGAGUGCAUUCCCAUGAAAGGUGUUCACAACCAGGGCUUCGGCGAUGUAUCACCAGAGAACCCCGGCAACGAUGACGUUUUUUUCAAUCCUAUGGCUGGAGCAACACCGACGGCUGACACGUCUCCGAGAUCUCCUUCGCGGAGAUCGCCCGCGGAUUUGGAAUCUCCUGAUUGGUCAAAUCGUAGCACGCCCCAAAUUUCUCGAGCUCCAAGUGUCGGCAGCUUUCAUGCAGUCGAGGGACAGCUGACGGAGAGGAGAAUCAAAAAACAGUCCGUUUCGUUCAAGGAUAUCCCGAAAAUAGACCUUCAAAGCUCAACUGAAACACUGUGA